AUGGGGUCUACUGCUUCUUCAAUCUUCUGCCCCUGCUGCCUCUUCUUCUCUCCGCUCCCUCUCGCCGUUACAGAGGCUCCUCUUUCUUUCUCUGGUCCCCUCCCCGACCACUCGCCCGCAUGUCCGGCUACGCCAUACGAGGAGGUGGGGCCUCCCGUCCGGCCCCGGCUGCGUCACGCUCGGUCGCCUCGCACUACUCGCUAUGUUCGAGUUCGUGCGCGUUGCGCGGAUGCUUGGAAAGGAUUCAGCCUUCCAAUCCGCGAGGUGAGCCCUCUGCCCUCUCCCGUUUCCUCCCCCGAGCCUUCUGUCUCUUGCUCCUUCCCUGGGUCUCCUCCCUCACCCAGCAAUUGUUUCUUCCCUAUUGUUUCGCCCUCCCCUGCGCCUACUCCUUCACUUUUCCCCAUCCCGGCGCUUCUCUUUGCUUUACCUCCGUUGCCUCUGCCUGUCUCUCGCUCUGUCUCGCGUUCUGUUGCCCCUUCCUUCGCCACGGUCGAUGAGCGCAUUGCUGCAAUUGCUCGAGGCGAGAAGACUGCGGCCCGCUGGGCAAAUAUAGGACCGCUUAAGAUCGGUCCUCCUCUCCGUCCACGAAAGCGUGUUACCUUUGGUGACGUUACUGUCGCCGUGGUUUCGCGCUGGAUCAUACGUGAGGAGCACGUCCACUCGUUUCCUCGUUGGUCUACCCCCGACCCAAUUCCUGUCGCUCCUUCCCUUGUCCCCCAUCACGAGACCGGUGGUCCCUCUCCCGCGAAGCAUGAUGAUGUCGAUCUUUUCUUGACGAAUCCGAUCAGUGAAGAGGAACGUCCUGUGUCUCGAGGGAACCGGAAUCUCGCUAGGACGUAUGGUGGCGUGGCACAUUCGACCACCCUUAACGACAACGUCCUGGUCUCAUGGUCAGCAAAGACGAACCAGGAUGGUGGUGGCGCGGUCCAUGAGACCACCAUGUAA